AUGCGCCUUCUUCUCAUUUAUGAGGACCCAAUAUACGGCGCACGAUCUCGCAACCUAGAUGGCGAGAAAUGGCCACCGCCACCGCCAACCGCCAACCCGUCGGUUACGAUAAGAAAAUUUGAAGCAUUCGCCGCUUUCCGCCAAAGAAACAUAUUCUGCCAUGUCCAGAAUCUCGAAAUACUCUCAUACACCCCGGAUGCCAUCCUUAAUGCUGCCGGAAAUGUGAUAAUUGAGCAUAGGAUGGGGGUUUUCGUGUCAAGAUGGAUGUUUGAGGGCAGCUAUAACAAGCAAUUUUACACGGAUACUUCAAUCAACGAAUUGGUGAAUGCUAUGAAUAGUAUGACAGGGUUGACUUCAUUGUACAUGCACACCGACUUCUUAAAUUAUCUCGAACCUGGACAGCUGUCGCUGGAUUUUCUUUCCGACAGGGUAAAGAGCUUCAAAAUCGUCUCUGAGUCUCAUGACAGCAUUUUUCCGUCCUCAAGGUUUUACUCGAACCUAGUUACCUUGGAGGCGCAUCCUGUUCUACUUUUGAACGCUAAGCAGAACGGUUUGGUCAAUCUACCCAACCUCAAAAACCUAGUUGUUUACGGCGGACGGGCAAAAGAGUCUCUUCAGACGACCCUUAAGAGUAUUACAUGUACCGUGCCACCUCUAGAACCCCCACUUUUUGAUCUCAAUGGGUUUUUGGCGGCACAAGAAUCCCCUUUCGCUCUGACAUCUUUAUCCCUCAAAACCCUGGAGCAAGACCUUUCACGGGGCGUGAUUGCAUAUCCAGAAAAUAUCAAUUCUAUCCUCUGUACUCCUUAUCUAUCGAACUUACGGAGGCUGCAUAUCGAUUUUUUCCGUUCAGAUGCCAACGCCAUUGACUCGGAUCGCAUUUGGAAUGUCUUUAGGGUCAAUAAUAUUCACCUCGAAGAUCUACGACUUAAACAUGUUUCCACGCAGUUGAUAUUGUACCUCGGGUCGUAUCGAGAUACAUUAAAGUCAUUGCAGGUCGGGUUGCGAGCGCGUCAUCUACUCAACCGUAUGUUGACGCCCACGGACUAUUGGAAUACUCGGCAGGAACUUGGAACAAUGUUUUGGAGAGAUGUGAUCCCUGCACAUUCUAGCACUCUACGUACCUUACGGACAAAACCGAUAUAUAAUGCUCUUCAUCAUGUAUUAAGACAAACGAUGCGGAAGGGGCAGAAUAAGGGGCAUUAUUCGGCAGACGUAUGGUCCCUAGCAAACAAUCCGGUGGCUCGGAAAGCUAUUGAAAGGUGUGAGCAGUUGGAAGAUCUUGCGGUCUUCUCUAUCGACAAUGGGGAUCAGCCAUUCGAGCAAGUCAUUGGGCUCAUGCUUCAGCAUUCCAAACUCCAUAGAUUCACAUUCUAUAACGACUACUGUACCGAAUGGGCGUAUGCGAUCGGGUGGGGAUCCGACGAAUUCCACUCGGGGGCACAGAAGCUCCUACAAGACGCUUUAAAGUGGAGCGGAAGUGAAGAAAUUGAAAUUAAUAAUGGAUUUCGAAGAAAGAACCCACUAGAGAUUGAGCUUUAUCCAGCUGGUAAGCUAAAAACAUACUUCGACUGGAAUCGUAUGGCAUGGAUGCUGGUACAAGUUUGGUUUGAUCGCAAAGAACCAAAAGAGGGAGAAAUAGAAUUGGAUCUGGAUGAGGGAGAGGCCGAUAGGGCAGAAAAACUGUUUUCGGCCCCAUCAGCUGGUUGGGUAUGUAGGGAUCCUAUGGUAAAUAGAUAA